UCUCUCUCUCUCUCCCCCAUCUGCCACCGUAUCUUCUUCACUUGCGAUCCUCUUCCUUGUCGACACAGUCUCUCUGGGCUCCUCCAAAAAAAUUUUGAGCUUCCGAGUGAUGGGUGUGUCCUGCCGGUGCUCCCACACGUCCCACAUCACCGAGAUCAUCAUGACCAGCUUCUUCCGCCACAAGUCCUAAGCACUUCGUCUCUCCAAUUUCAAGACUCCUCCUUUUUUCGUUUCGCCUCGAUGGCGUCGAGCUAGAAACCAAUUCGACCCAGAUAAAAAAGCACGCGGAUUGUCCAUGGCGGGUGGUGGUUGUGGGGGUUCGGCGGCGAUCGCGUCUUUGCUGCAGAACCAACGAGUCUCUUCCUCUUCCGACGCCUUCUUCUUUUACGGGUCUUCUUUUUCUCUGGGAUCAAGAUCCAUGGUGAGUUUCGAAGGUGCUAACGGUGUGAACGAAUCGAAGAACUCCUUUUUCCAAGCGUUUGAUCACCAUGAAAUUGGGGAGGAAGACUUGGACGACUAUUUCCAUCAACCGGAGAAAAAGAGGAGGUUAACGACUGAGCAGGUCCAUUUCCUCGAGAAGAACUUCGAACUGGAGAACAAGCUCGAGCCAGAAAGGAAGAUCCAGCUCGCUAAGGACCUCGGUUUGCAGCCCCGGCAAGUUGCCAUAUGGUUCCAGAACCGCCGGGCCCGAUGGAAGACCAAGCAACUGGAGAAGGAAUACGAGGAUCUGCAAGCUAGCUAUAACAGCCUCAAGGCUGACUGCGACAGCCUCCUCAACGAAAAUGAUAAGCUCAAAGCUGAGGUUCUUGUCCUUACGGACAAGCUUCUUAUCAAAGCAAGAGGAACGAAAAAUUCCAAACCAGCCAAAACAUCAUCUCGUGGACCACUAGAGAAUCCCGUCACCUGUUCCAACGACGAAGAAGAGAGAAUUUCGACGGUGCCCUUUAAACAGGAAGAUAUCUGUCCUGGCAAAAGCGAGAUAUUGGAUUCCGGUAGUCCAAAUGGUGGCUAUUCUCCGCUAAUAGAGCACGGCGAUUCCUCCUAUGCUUUCGAGCCUGACCUUUCGGAUACAUCCCUGGACGAGGAAGACGUGCAGAAUGAGAACAACCUACAGCAUCCCUGCGUCUUUCCGAAGCUAGAAGAGACUCAAGAUGAUUACCCCAUCCCGUCCGCAAACUCAUGCCAUUUCGGAUUCGCUCCUGAAGAUCAAGCCUUCUGGCCAUGGCCUUACUAAGCAAUAUUGGUAUCUCUUUGCUUGUUUCUUCCAUGAAACUGCACUUUUUGUGAAUUAUGACUAUAAAUAUGCAAUCAACUUCAUCGAUGGUGCUCAAUGCA